AUGAGUGCCGAGGUUAGUGCCCAAUGGAGAUCGCUCGGAUUCAGCGGAACCUCGUCCUCGGACGGUUGCGGUGGGCCACAGCACCACUCGCCCUCGCCGGUUCCGGUGGUUCCUGAGUUGCUACCGAUCGCCCCGGGGAAGCCCACAACGGCGACGACCAAGGCGAAGACGACGGCUGGCACAGCAGCAGCAGACCCAUCCGCCGGAAAGUCGCGGAAGUUGGCCAGCGCGAGUCACCAAGAUGAAGGUUGCGCCAGCUCGUCGGAAGAGUUCAACUGUGAGCUAGUGUUGCGCUCACUCCACGCAACCGACGAUGGUGGUGGUGGGGUCGGUGGCGGCUCAGGGCGCGACAGUGCGGUAAGGAUACUGACGGCCACCGAAUCUACCGCCGACCGCGAUUCCGGGUUCGAGACGCCCUCGCUGGACACCACGAUUCUGCUUCCGUGGGAAACGGCGUCCCAGCGACCGGAAGUGGCCACCGGCGACGACGACCAGGACCAAGGAAAACAUCGCCACGGAGAUGCGCCGGAACAAGGACAGCACUAUGUAGCGCACGUUGUUGCAGGGGAAUGCAGCGACUCGAAGGACACGAAGCUGAUACUGAGGCGACGCAACGUCACGCCGCCGACCGAACAGCAGUCACCGCGCUGCCAGAACGCCAACGCCGAUUCGGUUCCGAUGGCGGAAGUAGCAACAGCCGGGUCAAUCGGAUCGUCCUCGAGGUUGCAAACCGCCGUCGUGAAAAAGGAACUGCCGGAUGAGCCACCGGCCGCCGGAGAUGCUGGCGACAAGUCGUCCAUGGUGGUGGUCAAGCGCGAACUGGUGCCGGAUGCUGUCGCCGAACAGUCACGGGUUACCGUGCUGCCGCUACCACAACCCGCACCACCACCACCGGCGCCACGGAGGGCUCCCCAUAAGGACGAUCCGCUUCCGCUGCCGUUGGAGCCGAAGGAACACCGAAAGUCGAACCGGCGGAGACAGUUUACAGAUCGGGUCGUCGAUACGCUCUGCCUGCCGGAGAUCUUCUUCAAUGCCCGCAUACGCCCGAAACCGAAGCCAAAGGGGCUGGGGGGGACCAAGUCGGGGAAGGUGGCGAUCACCGUCGCCGCCACGACGGCGACCACCUCCUCCAAGAAACGUGCCAUUCCUGCAUCGGUGACGACGACCCCCCCGAGCAGUGCCUCGACGAAGCGUCCACCAAAAGCACCACAGCAAGCGCCAAGCGCUUCCGCGACGACCCCAACGCCGGACGUUGCCGUCGCCCGAAGGUCCCGCACGCCGGCGGCCACCCCGUCACCGGCGUCAACCCCGACGGGCUCGGUCGCCAGCGGCGCCACCGCCACGGCCACGCCGGUGGGCGGUGCCGCCGCCUCCACAGUUCCUAGAGUUAAUCCCAUCUUUCUGUUCGUCAAGCAGGAAGACACGCGCAUCGUCGAGGUGCGCUGCGAGGACUACGAUAAGCGCAACCGUAUACGAUUAACCCGCACCGGCACCGGAAGCUGGCGGGCCAUUCCGCGAACCGACACCAGUUCGUCGGUGAUGUUCUCACUGUUUCCGCCGUACAAACACUCGUCGAAAGCCCAACAGCAACACCAUAGCAAGCACCACAAGCACAAGAAGUCGAAGAAGAAAAGGAAGCGCCACUCGGAGGACGAGCGGCGACGGCGAGGGUUGAUGGACAGCAGCAGGAGUAGCAGCUGCAGCACGGCGGCCGCCGCCACCCCGACCACCGGUGGCACCCCGAGUGGACGCCGGAAGGUGACGUUCUGUUUGGGCGUGAAGCAGGAGAAGCUCGAAGCGACGGUGGCCCAGCCACCGGAAGAGCACCACCAUCAGCAGCAGCAUCCGGCGCCCCCGAAGCGCACGGCGGCGGACGUAAAAGCGGAGGAGCGGGAGCGCGAGGAAGCGAUUGCCGAGCUGAUACGAAACUACCACGAGCAGCAGCAGCGGCAACUGCAGGAACUGCAGGAAAAGCUCGCCGCCAGCAGCCGACUGGCGAUGGGCGGGAGUGACGAGCCGAUGGCGGCGGCCGGAAGUGGUAGCAAUAAUAAUAUCACUAGUUUUAGCGAAUCCUCCACCACCAACAGUCUUCUUCCUCGUACUAGUAAUAGUAGUGGUGGCAACCAUCGCAACAGCAGCGCAGCAGGCGCCGACGGUGGCGACGAACACAUAAGCAAUAGCAGCAAGCCACGACAGGUCGACAACAAUCAAAAGGUAGAGCUUCUCGAGCUAGACGACGACGACGACGAGGACGAAGUGCAGGAAGUGGUGCACCAUGCCACGGACGGCGAUGCGAUGGCAGCACUGGUCGCAGUAUCCCGCAGCAGCAACCGGGAGUGGCCUGGUGCUGCGAUGGCAACGACGGCAUCGACCCCGUCGAAAGCUUCUCAUCUUGACGACUCCGGCGGUGGCGGAGGCCGGGGGCAACUGUUGGAUAGCAUCGAGUCACAUGGUGCGCAUGUGCCAAACGGGCUCGGGUUCGGUCUUGCCUUGGCCUCCGGCUGCUCCCCGGCUGGUAGCAGCAGCCUGCAGGACGUCGUGCUGAGCGUCGACGGUAGCGCCGGCCCCGCGGAACUGAUUGCACUCGAUGAACUUGGGCUUGGGAAUCAACACCAACACCAAGGCGACGACGACGACGAUGACGACGACGUGCAGCUACUCGGCGUGGAAGGAGCAUCCGGUGGUGGAUUCCACCACCACCACCAGCUGCUGCACCACUCGCUGUACGACGACGACGACGAUGAUGUGAUGCUCGGCGAGGAGAUGCUCGGCACGGGCACGGGAACCGGGGCCGGGACUUCGGCCACCAACGGGCCCACCGCGGGCCUCGUUGGUGUUAGUGUGUCGGAAGCUGGGGAACGUGGCAGACGACCAUCGGGACCUUCGGUGUCGUCGUCGGCGGCGGCGGCCGCGGGAGAAGAGGAUAAUGCGUUGCUUCUGCUGCACUCGUCACUGGCGCUGGCAGCGGCCGCAGCAGCCGCAGCGGCCGCCAGCGAUGCAACACUGACGAACGGUGGCGGUGGUGGCAGCGGCGCAGUGGACGGCCGCCGCCCCACCGUGGUGGAGAUUGACGACGAUGAAGUGUGCGUUUUGGAGCAGCCCCAGCAGCAGCAGCAGCAGCUGGCACCAACACCAACAGCGGGGCAGGAUCAGCGCCAGCAGCAGCCGUCGGAGCGCCGGAAUGCUGUUGGUGCCGAGUCACAGAAAAGAGUUCGACGGAACGACGAGGAUACGACGACGACGACGGCGACGGCCAUCGUCGGGUGCCCGGAUAGUGUAGCGACGCACACGGGAACCACUACGACGACGACGACGACGACGAUGAUUACGAAGGCGGCCACUGACGGUGCUAGUGCUGCUGGUGCUGCUGGUAGUAGUGGUGGGAAGACGAAAUCGGCUUGCACCGAGAACGCGGAAGUGCAUCCACCGCACAUCACCAUCAGUAGUGAUAGUGAGCUCGACGAUGACGAUCCGAAGCACGGGCUGCAGCAGCACCAGCAGGACCACCUUCACCAGCAGCAGCAGCAACAACAACAACAUCAUCAUCUGCAUCAUCAUCAGCUGCAGCACCACCACCACCAUCCCCUCCACCAUCACCAUCUGAGUGCGGAGUUUGGCGAUCUGAUCGACGACAUACAGUCGGCGGCGGCGGCGAGUCCGCGCGAGGAUCUGCUGAAUGCGGCGGCAGCGGUAGCGAGCUGCGCCGCCGGCGGUGGUGACACGACGAUGACCGGUGUCGAGCUGCUCGAUUCUCUCGUCGUGGAGCAGCAACAACAACAACAACAACAGAGGUGCGCAGACAAUCACAACAACAUCGGAACAAGCGGUGCGACGGCAACGACCACGACGAGCGCAGCGACGGCGACGGGUGGCGAUAAGGGGGCCGCUUCAGCCGCCGCCACCACCACCACGAUCUACACGAUCGCCGACGAUUACAACGACGACGAGGAGGACGAUGUGCUGCUCGAACCGGAACCGGUGGCGGACAUCAUCUCGCGGCUAGGCGAAUCCCUCAGCACCUCGCCCAAGUGCCUGUCGUUUAACGAGGCGGGCGAAAUCGAGGGUCUCACGGGUGAUCUGUUCGAUACGAGCAUCACCCACCACUCGCUGCACGCCGAGGACAUCCUGCCGAACCCGUUCGCCCCGUCGGCGAUGGCGGCACUGGUGACGAGUCAGCCGCAGCCGGUUUCGAGUGGCACGGUAGCUACGACCACCUCCGCGGCAGCGGCGACGGCGGUGGCUUCCUCCUCGACCGGUGCCUCGCUCGAGGACGAACUGUCGAUCACGAUCAAGGAUCUGACGGAGGCAAGUGAACACGCGAGUUCCUACUUUGCGGCGGCUACCACGAGCGGCGGCGCCGGAGAUAGUGAAGCCCUCACCACCGAGCUGAAGGAGGCGUCGGGGACGGGGGGUGGAAGCGGGUCCCCAACUACUAGUGCCAUCGGGGGUGUCGAAGGCGGCGGUGUGAGUGCGAAAGAGUUGCCAUCGGAGGCACCGAUCGUGAUAUCGCCCGACUCGUGCCAGGAGGAGCUACCGAAGGACCUGAGCUGCCGCAAGCGUAGCCUGUCCCCGUCGCCCCGGCCCGUCUCACACAGUUCCGAUGCGAUCCAGUCCCCACAGCCGAGCGGCCUGCCAGCGGUCCCGCCGUCACCGGACCUGUUCCUACAGCCCAAAUCCGUGUCCGCGUCCAGCAGCAGUAGCAGUAGCAGCAGCAGCCACCACUCGGCGGCGGCGGCGUCCAGUGUCAUCGAGGCACUGAUGUCGCAAGCCGCGGCCGCCAUUUCCGCCGUCUCGAAGGCUGGCAACGGCCGGUCCGCUGGGGGUGGCUCGACCACCACCAGUACCGCGACGAGCACGACAAGUUGUAGUUCCUCGGUGGCGGCCACCACAACCACCACGGCGACGGCGAGUGUCAAGAGGGCCGCGGCGCCGGCCAUGGCCGGGCAAAAGGAGCCCCUCGAUUUGGGCUCCAAGUGUCGCAAGUCCGCCAGCCCCACGGUGAGCUGCUCGGAGGAAGCGAAACGGCUGAGCUCUUCCACUCCGGUGGCCACCGCGGCCACGAUGCUGCCCAGGGACGCCGAGGACACCGACAGUGAACCGCGGGCGAAACGGAUCAAAACCGACCCCGAGCAGCAGCACCACUCAUCGUCCGUGAAGGCGUCCGGAGUUGCGCUUCCGGUAUCUCCCCUACUCACCACGAGUUCGAGUUCGUCCGCCAGUGCCACGAUGACGUCAACCUCGUCCAGUUGUGGAAAGGCAAGCGGGACGGCCCCGUCGAGUGUUGCCUCGAUGAGCACUUCCGGUGGGACCGGUGGCAAUUCCUUUAGCAAUCUGAACGACUCCGCCCGGCUGGUGGAGAUGCUGACCACGGGCAACGAUCCGGACGCGCUGACGCAACUGCGCCUCCUGGUGGGCAACCCGGCCUGGAAGGUACCUGAUCCGCUGCUCGUGCCAAAAGAUCGUCUCAACGCGGUGCUCGCUUCGCCGGCCCGCGAAAUUCCGCUGCUGCUGACCACCCGGCCCGAGCUGCGGUUGCCGGAGGCGUUCGCGUUCCCCAACAUCCUGCAGGACCCGGACAUUCUGGUGAUUUCGUUGCAGCAGCUCGAGACGAUUCUCCAGACGCAGGAGGAGUUGCUGAAGCUGAAAUCGAAAUCCUCCUCGCUGGAGGUAACGGCGGUUGUGCCCCCGUCACCGGUUGCCGCUGCGUCACCGGUGACCUCACCGAUUGCGGGCGCCCCAUCGAGCAAGAAGGUCCACCACCACCAGCAACAGCAGCAGCACCAUCACCAUCACCAGACCACCCCACCGGUGCCGCCGAGCCCGCUCGAAGCGCUCAAACAGACGCUGACGGCCUCGGCGGCCAAGCAGAACCCGGUGAUGAGCACUCUGCUGGCUUCCGGGUUGGCCGGCGACAUUGACGCAGCGACGACGGCCGCCUUCAACCAGAUGCUCUGGCUGCCGUACCUGGGCCAGAUGGGCCAGUUUGCCCCGGAACUUCUGAAGGCCAUGAUGAACCUGCCCGGUGCUGCGUCCUCGGCGGCGACCGUUGCAGCUGCGGCGGCCGCUGCCGUCGGAGGAGCUGCCGGUAGUGGUGGCACCACCGGCAACGCCGCGGGACCGAUGGGGAACAGCUUGGCCGACAUGUUGCCCUUCAUGGGGCCUCGGUUUCAGGACUUUUGUGGGUUGCCACCCGCCUCGGCGAACAGCCCGCUCGAGUACAAGCGGCAGCUGGAGCUGGCGAUGCUCCAGGAAGCGAUGACCACGGCCAACUUGCAGCAACGCAAGCAGCAAGAGGCCGCCCAGAAGAAGGCAGCCGCCGUGGCAGCGGCAGCCGUCCACAUCGAUCGCAAGCCGAUCAUCGGAGCGAAAACGCUCGAGCAGCAGCGCUCGGUGGCCGCGGUCACGGCCGCCGCCAACAUGUUCCAGACCCAGCAGAAGAAGGCGGCUGCGGCGGCGGCCGCUGCUGCGGCCGGCAUGAUGAACCCGCUUGCGAUACCUCAGUUCAUGACGCCUCCAACGAUGCCGCACGGUGGUGCAAAUGCAACGGCGGCACGCUACGGAGCUGGCGGUGGUACGUCAGGAGCCGCCGGCGGCUCCCGCGCGGCUGCCCUAGCUCAAUCGGCCACGCUACUACAGCAACAGCAGGCGGCCCUGCAGCAGCAGCAGCAGCAGCAGCACCGACAGCAGCAAGCGUUCAGCCCGAGUGGGUUCAAAAAUAUGGCCAAUCUAAUGAACCAAGCGGCAGCGGCGGCGGCCGCUUCCGGUGGAGCGGUCUCGAUGCGCCCCGGUGGUGGCCACCAGAACACCGGAAACACUCACCGUCAGCAGCAGCUCUCGGCGAUGCAGAAAGCGAAACUGCAACAGCAGCAGCAGCAACUUGCACAACAGCAACAAGCGGCGGCGGCGGCGGCCGCGGCCAGUCUCGGUGCGGCCGGGAUGUUCGGUUCGGCGGCGGCCAACUCGUUCUUCAACCUGCCCACCAACUUCCAGGAGUUCCACGAGCAGCAGCAACAGCUGGCGCGGAAGUUGCAGAAAGAACAGCUUCACCAUCACCAGCAACAGCAGCAGCAGCAACAACACCACCACCAGCAACAACAGCACCACACGCAGCAGCAGCAGUUGCAACUGCAGCAACAGCAACAGCAGCAGCAACUGCUGCAGCAACAUCAUCAGCUCCAGCAGCAGCAUCAUCAGCAGGAGCAGGAGCAAAAGCCUCGGGUCACGUGCAAGUCGCUAAUGAAUCUGUUGCAACCCGAGAAGCAGCACCAGCUGCACGGCAAGCAUGGCGGCGGCGGCGGUGGAGCUGUGGGUGGCAGCAACAACAACCAGAGCACCUCGAGCAAGCUGGCCAACCUAAUGGCCAUUCCCGGCAUGGAUCUCUACACGGCCCAGCAGCACGACCAGCUGCAGCAACAAAUGUUCCUUCAACAGCAGCAACAACAGCAGCAACAGCAACAACAACAACAGCAGCACAACAACUUCCUCCAGCAGCAGCAGCACCUACUCUCCGGUGCGACUGGCAGUGGAAUGCACCAGCAGCAGCAGCAGCAGGCGAAGCUGAAGGUGAAACCGGGGCUGCACCUGCUGGAUCCGGCCGCCGUCCAGCGGCGGUUGCUGAACACGGACGAGCUGGCCGAGGUUGGCAGCACCACGAACGGGCUGGUGGACGAUAGCACCGAUCUAUCGUCGCCCCUCUGGCACCCACUGUUCGGCAGUGCCCAGAAAGGGUUGGCGGCGGCCGCGGCCGUAGGUGGCGGUCCGGGGUCGGGCAGUGGCAGCAGCCUCUCGCUAACGGGUGGCAGCACUUCCGGUAGCGGUGGCGGAGGCAGCGGUAGCGGCGGCGGCAGUGGCAGUGGAUCCGCGUCGGGUGUUGGCGGAAGUGGUGGCGGAGGCGGCAGCGGUGGCGGAGGAACGAGCAGCUACCACAGUCCAUGGCAAUGGACGACGAUCACGGCGACGGGCGAAUGA